CAACAACAACAACAAUGAAGAUAAAGAGAAGGAUGAUCCAGAAGUUGCUUUUGUAGUUGACGGAUCUGGCAGCACUGAAAAAGCUCAUUUUGAAAUGGCAAAGCAAAUGGCAAAGCCAAAAAAAGGUUUGGAAGAAAUGUUUCAAUAUCAAAUGGGCAAAACAUAUAUGAAGGGCAGGAGCAACAACAACAACAACAACAACAACAACAACAACAACAACAACAACAACAAUGAAGAUAAAGAGAAGGAUGAUCCAGAAGUUGCUUUUGUAGUUGACGGAUCUGGCAGCACUGAAAAAGCUCAUUUUGAAAUGGCAAAGCAAAUGGCAAAGCCAAAAAAAGGUUUGGAAGAAAUGUUUCAAUAUCAAAUGGGCAAAACAUAUAUGAAGGGCAGGAGCAACAACAACAACAACAACAACAACAACAACAACAACAACAACAACAACAAUGAAGAUAAAGAGAAGGAUGAUCCAGAAGUUGCUUUUGUAGUUGACGGAUCUGGCAGCACUGAAAAAGCUCAUUUUGAAAUGGCAAAGCCAAAAAAAGGUUUGGAAGAAAUGUUUCAAUAUCAAAUGGGCAAAACAUAUAUGAAGGGCAGCAGCAGCAACAACAACAACAACAACAACAACAACGAUGAAGAUAAUGAGGAGGAUGAUCCUGGGACAGAGAUUGCAAUCAUACUUGAUGGAUCUGGUAGCAUUUCAAGUGAUGAUUUUGAAAGGGCAAAAGGAUUUAUCAGAACUGUGAUGGAAAAGGUUUGGGAGAAAUGUUUUAAUUGUGAAUUUGCUGUUGUUCAGUAUGGAUCGGAAAUCCGAACUGAACUGUCACUGACUGAGACAGAUGGACCAACAGCUUUUAAAACAGUCAACAACAUUAAACAGAUCGGUAAAGCCACAAUAACUGCUUCAGCCAUGAUCUAUACAAUUGAACAUGUUUUCGUUCCUGCCAACGGGUCCAAAGAGGGCUCCAAGAAAAUCAUGAUAGUGGUGUCAGAUGGAGCAAUAUCCCGCUGGGACAAAGAAAAUCUGCAAAACGCGACAAAAUUGUCUGAGGAAAAGAAUAUCCUCAAAUUUGCAAUUGGGGUUGGGAAUGAAACUAAAAAAGAUGAAAUGGAGAAAAUUAGCUCCAAUAACAGUACCCUGUUCAUGGUUGAAGACUAUAAGGCCUUGGAAAAAAUUCUCUCCACUUUACAGACAAGCAUCAUUCAAGGAAUCGAAGGAAUAAGGAAAGGAGAGGGGUUUCAAUUUCAACUUGCAGAGGCUGGAUUCAGCACUCACAUUGCACUUGAUGGAUCCCUUUUAUUUGGCGCUGUGGGUGCCAACGACUGGAGUGGUGGAGUGCUGUUAAAGAAACUCAAUGAAGACAAGACAACCUUCUUAGAUGGAUCAUCAUCAGAGUCAAGAUUUUCCUAUUUAGGUUACAGUGUGGUGUCCGCUAAGGCCGACUCUGGGAUUCUAUACAUCUCUGGGGCCCCUCGUCAUAACCUGACUGGGGCAGUCUUUGUCUUUGAUGGAACUUCCCAUAUAGUGCAAGAGAAGCUGCUAGGUAACCAGGUGGGCUCUUACUUUGGUUCUGUGCUAUGUGCACUGGACAUUAACCGGGACACCAAGACAGACUACUUGCUUGUAGGAGCACCAUAUUUCCACCAGAAAGGAGAGGAGGGCAGAGUGUUCAUUUUUAAGCUAAACGAGGGUAAGUUUCUUAAGGAGCCCUGGGAAUGGCAGGGUGUGGAAAACUAUGUGUUUGCCAGGUUUGGUUCAGCCAUCUCUGCCGUUGAGGACCUGGAUGGGAACGGGUACAACGAUGUGGUAGUUGGCGCUCCUCUGGAGGAGGACGACGACAUACGUGGCUUUUCUGGAAGCAUCUAUAUCUAUAAUGGUGGCCAAGAACUGCAGAGGCAGCACUCACAGAGAAUUUCAGCUGCUGAUCUGGAUGUGAAACUCCACCACUUUGGCCAGUCUGUUAGUGCCUUCUCUACCAGAAUAGAUGAAGGAGACAAAAGGCAGCUUUACAUCAGCAUCGGUAGCCAAGGUGCUAUCACAGUUCUGAAAACAAUCCCUGUCAUAACAUUUAAUCCUACGCUGGAGAUUAAACCCAGGACCAUCCCAUUAUCUGAGCAGACUAACAAAAACAUCAAGAAGGAUUUCACCCUGGAAAUCUGCUUUCCAAAAACGAAAAAGAUGAACUAUGGUAACACAUCCAUACGUUACAACAUUGAUGUGGAUGCAGGUCAGAUCAAAAAGCGUCUGUUUUUUAAAGAUGACUCAAAGGGGGAUGGCAUCUUCACUUUACAAAUUGAUGCAAACUGCAUUGACUUCAAACUGGUUUAUUUGGGUUGUGAUGAUUGCUUCUCACCUAUAGUGGUCAGACUCAACUACAAAUUGAAUAUCACUGAUCCAUCUCUCCAUAUUCUGAACUACUCUACUCCCACAGAGUUCACAAAAGUGAUUACAUUUGAGAAGGACUGUGAGAUGCACAAUGAAUGCAAGGAAAAUAUUUCUUUAUCGGAUUCAAGGCUGAGCACGGAAAUUGUAAAAAUUGGAUUGACCAACGACUUGAAAAUGUACUUCAAUUUGACCAACACUGGGGAUAGUGCCUACAAGACAACACUUGUUCUGGCAUACCCCAACAUGCUUCUAUUUAAAUUCACAACGAAAAUGGAAGGCUCUGUUUGUGAAAAUGAAGUUACAGAGACAAAUUCAUUAUUGAAAUGUUUUGUCUCACAUCCAGUGUUCAAAAAAAAUAAACAGGUUAAUUUCUCCAUUGUCUGGCAGCUUUCAAACAAAAAAUCUUAUAUGCGAGAUGCUGAGAUCACAGCAAAUCUAACAUGUGAGAAUGGUGGCACCCAGGUACUGGAUUUUAAGAAAUUCCACUUUGGAAUUAAGAAUGUCCUAAAGGUCCAAAUGACUGGGGAGGCCAAACCAAACAGAAUAAUAUUCACAGAAAAAAAUGUUCACAAGGAAGAGCUGACCUUUCAGUUUCAGGUUCACGGUGAGAACCAACACAAAGCAACCAUAUCUAUCAAUGUUACAUUAACUGUCAAUGCUCCUCACACUUCCAUGACCAUCAAAGAUGUCACACCAAAGGACAAAUGUGCAAUGGAAAAAGUGAAAGCCUCUGAAGAGUAUCUUAUCCAAUGUAAAGUCAUAGAUCUGCAGGAAAUCACAGUUAAGGCUGAGGCUUCGAUCAGAGAUGUUCAGGAUCAAUCAGAUAAGAUUACUGCUAAAGCCACCCUGGGAUUUGAUGAAGACUAUUUUGCAGCAGAGGAAAACGGAUCUACGGUAUUGGUGGAGGUAAAGAUUUUAAAACUGGCUGUUGAAAAAUCCUUACCUGCUAUCAUUGGAGGGUCCAUUGGAGGAUUUUUGUUCUUGGCCAUAAUCAUUGUCAUACUUGUUAAGUGUGGCUUUUUCAAACGUCGCCAACAACUGGAUGAAUCAAGGGAUUAGUGAGGCAUGAGCAAUGCAACUGUGUUCCACAGCGAUAGCAGCCUCCAUGGCUGUUACUGACUUUAAAUUGUUUCUUUAUUAAGUGCAGUUUAAGUAUGAUUUAAGUAUGUUAAAUAUCAUACAUUUUAAAAUUCCAAUAAUUGAAUUAAUGUGUUUUUAUUGUAAUAUUUCAUUUAAACUAACAAUUCCUUAAAAUGCAUACAUAAUGACAUUUGAAAACAGAUUAUUGUUAAAUGUGACAAAGGCGCCCAAUUCAAAAUGCUUUUUUAAAUGUGCUAUUUUCUUAUUUAAGGAGCCCUUUCUAUGAUUUCCAACAUACAAACAUAGAUAAUAUCAAAUGGAUCAGAAAUACGGUGUAGACAUUGUUAAUGUAAAUGACAAUACAUCAUACAUGCACGUGGGCCAUGUACACAAGUUGGAAUGGCCUGUGAUUUGAAUUGUUUGCUUUGAUUUGAAUCCUGCCCUCAAUCGGUUGCUAAUUUCGGUUUCCAUUGAUUGUUGUUAUGUCACUUUGUUCUCAACCAAUUACACAAUAAAGAUUUUGAUCUUUAAUGUAUUUCAUUCAUCGAGA